CAACUCGAACUGGCUUUCAACCUUCCUGCUUUGUUCUGCGGCCAAGAAUCCUUGCGCCCGUUUUGGACAGCUUUUGAGCGAACGUAAUACUGAUAGAAUGCAAGCAUCCUUCUGAAAUCUGUUCAGACGCAGCACAAGAAAGCAAUUCAGCUGGACGGGCAGCGUGUGCAGCUGCUUGAGCCAGGUGCAGCCCAUUGUCAGACAUUGACCUCCGCAUCAAAUGUAGUGGUGGUGCAAUCCAGGUCGGUGGCAAUUGGACGCAGUAUGGCGCCCUCAGCCGCUCACUCUGCUUGCGCAAAGCUGACCAGUAAUGCAGCUCCGGGGCUUCAACUGGGCAGCAACAGAUGCCAGGAGAGCUCUGUGUUAAGUACCUUCUCUUGUCCCAGGGCUUCUUUCGCGUCAAGUUGCAGAUAUCUUCCAUCUUAUGCUGGCAAUUCGUCUCAAAUGGGGUCUGCAUGCGUGCCGUUGAAUGCUGUUACGAGAGUCAGCGGUCCGCCAGCAAACGCACAGCAUUUGCAUCGGGACAGUAACUCGCAAGCUUCAAGUGGGCGGCGCCAGCUUUUGAUUGCUGGCAAAAGUCCUGUUGGUCAUAAGCAUCGGUGGCGUCAGCAAGGGUGUCCAGAACAACAGGGAAGAGGGAAGUUGGUAAUGGUGCGAGCGGCUGCUGAUAAUGGUCCUCCCGAGGGUGGCGCCUCCGAGUUGCCGGGGCCGGGAAAAGACGAUCAGAUUGUGAAUGAGGUUGUGGGCCAAGCGAGGGAUGCACUGAGGGGAGCCCUAGAAUCCGCCACGAAUCAGGCACUGGAGCGAGGUGCCGGGAGCGGGGACAAUCCUGAGAGUAGAGAGGAAGCACUAGAAGCGGCGAUCGAUGCAAAUGCAGAGGGGGCGCUGGGGAGGGGGGCCGCCAGCCGCGAAGUGAGCGGGCGAGAGGAAGGUGACAGGUGGCAGGAAGAGGAGGGCGCCACUUCUUCCAGCCGCGCAAAGGGGGGAGAAGAGCAACGGCAGGAUAGCCAGAGGCGCUUCGAAACAGAAAUGCGGCGGGACGUCGAGCAGAACACGGAGGCCCGGGGGUUUGUGGUGGACGAAAAGCUUCGAGACCCGAACAGAGUGCCGGCAUUUGCGCCAGAACAGCUCGGGGGAGGCGCGUAUAUGACCGUCCAGGAGCGAGGGGGAGAAUCUGGCGGAUCAGAAAAGCAGGAGGGGCGGAAGCUGCCGAAAAGCGGGUUUGUGGUGGAUGAUUUGGGGGACGGCGGGGGGGUGGAAGUGAUUGGAGGAGGGGUGUCGGCGGGGCCAGAUAUUCUGACGCAGCGGUUGCGACGGAGUAGAAAGCGCCUUUUGAUGAAGAUGUUUCAGGGGCUUGAAGUGGGAGUGAAGACGGCAGUCACGGAUCCAAUGGGCGCCAUCGCCCUCCUCUGGUUCUUUCUCACCCACCAAAUCGAGCGCAUCCUCGACUGGACAAACACUGGCGUUUGGUACUCCCGCCUCCUGAAGCUCGCCGGCGCCGCCUUCACUCUCCUCCCCCCCAUUCUCCUCCUCGUUUCCUACCCCCUGGAAUGGUUCCUCGUCACCCUCAACAACAUCCUCACGGGGGACCCCCUAGCCAGUAUCGGCUUUGGGCUGCAAGUGGCCCUGAUCUACUACCCUAUAACCUUCUCCGUUUUGGCCGCGAUCGCCGGGCUCGAGGGCACGCGCCAGCUGGCGGUGUCCCGCGUGACGAACGACAUCAGCCGCCCGUUCACACCGCAAUUAAUGCAGCUCGUGGGCAUGGCGUGGUUCCUAAUCAUGGUGCCCGGCCUGCUUUUGUAUAAGACGGCGAUCGGCUGGGUGGGCUUCAUGACGGCGUUCUAUGUGUCGUUCUUCGUCAAGAGCGCCAUCGCGCGAUUCGUCGGGUACACGGUGCAGCGGACGGAGGGGGAUCCCCAGUGGGCGCAGUCGCCGGCGAACCCGCGGGAAAUCGACCCUGAGUGGCGUAUCAUGCCCCGGACGUCCACGCGCGUUGUCUUCGGACUGUCCGUCGUUCUUCUGCACUUCCUGGUGAUGCUCGAGUCGUCGCAGUGGACCAAGCUCUUCUUCGCCAAGAUGCCUCUGUGGGCGAAGCUCAUUCACACCAUCGGCGCGCUGUGGCUGCUCACCUUUUGCUACUACGUCAACACGCACUCGUCCGACUUCAUCCGGGAGUACUUCGAGCAAUACGUCGUUCCCAGAGAAAUCGUGAACGAGGGCCUCUACCGCUAUGUCCGUCAUCCCAUCUACGCCUCCUACAUGCUCCUUUUUGUUGCGUACGCAUUCGCGAUGCGCGCGCCCAUCUCCGCGGGUUUGCUCGGUGCCGUCUCCCUCUGGUAUUACAACAUCCGAGUGGAGAUUGAGGAGGCGAAAUUGGUGGGGCGGUUUGGACAGGACUACGUGGACUAUAUCCGCGAGGUGCCUUACCGGUAUUGGCUUGGCGUUUACUGAGUCACAAUACUUUCUAUUGAAAGCUGAGCGAGCUGGUACAGAACAGCAAACACUGAACGGUUUUGUGGGAUCGGAGGAUGAGUCACUUCCCGACCUUCCAUUUUAAGUCCUGCAAUUUGGCACUGCUAGCGCUCUGAGCUAUUCCAAAGCCCAAAUCCGGAACUGUCUCAUGGCAUGCAUGUAUUUAAACAAAG